GACAACUUCUUUCAUCGAUAUCAAAUUUGUAUACCUGCGCGACCUGCUUAGGGAGGUCUUCCGAGAUAUACGUGGUGUCUCAUUGGAUAAUAGUGCUCCUUCUGUACGAGUUCCGCAGCACCGCACUAUUCCAUCGCUAGUCAUCUCUAGAUUGAGCAAAACCAUGUGUUUCAUAUCCGAGAGGACUUGAAUGUGCGCUCGAAGCGGAAUGCGGACGACCACAGGGACGAAAUGGUCGGCAAGCAUCUGGGUCUGUUUAUGGAUUAUGUCAAUACUCUGUUCCAGCCUACAGUCGAGCAACUGUCUGCCCUGAUCGCAAGGGGCGAAAUCACGUACGACCUACUAUGGGCCCUCUUUGAGCCAAAUAUGGAGAUAUUCACUACAUGUCUUGGAACCGAUGCGUCAAGGUGUGUCCUUUUCAAUCAUUGCGAAGAGAGGACAGAUAUGAACGGCGCAAAGUUUAUCUAUCUCGACACGCGCUAUCUGAAUUCCAAAGGCAAAAUCUUAGGCGAAGUGACCACUGGCAUUAAGAUCCCUUAUUUCCAGGGAACCAGACUAUUGAACACCUCCGUGCAUAUCCUCUCAAGUAUCAUCCCGAGCACGAUGUGGUGCGACGAGACCUCAUUCAACGCGGUCGCACUUUCGUUUCGUUGAUGGGAAUUCACCACAGACAGCACGAAGGCAAAGCGUUCUUCGUUGACGACGAAGGUGAGAUAAUCGCUCGGCAUGUCCAAGGCAGGAUCAUGGUGGAU